CUCAAAAGAACGAUUUUUCGUUCAAGAACCGAACAUCACUCUCCGGAAGCCUGUGCUGUCUACGCGGAACUGAUGAAGAGAGUAAAUAAAAAAACACUGGCAACUAGCGCUUCUUCUCAACACGGGAUUUGAAAGCUGCGAAAAUGACGAACGUGUACUCUUUCGACGGCAUUCUUGUAUUCGGCCUUCUUUUCAUUUGCACGUGUGCUUACCUGAAGAAGGUCCCUCGUCUGAACAGCUGGCUCUUGUCUGAGAAGAAAGGUGUCUGGGGAGUCUUCUACAAAGCUGCAGUAAUAGGCACACGGCUCCACAUCGCUGUGGCGGCGUCCUGUGUGUGUAUGGCCUUUUACCUCAUCUUUCUGAAAUGACCCGGAUGAAGCGCUCUCUUUGGACACUGGACUGAACGCCAAUAGAAAUGAGUGCUGGCGAGUAUCGCCGGAUACUGGAGGAGAUGCACAGACAGUGCGGUUUAGGACCUGCUUUCCAUUUCUGUGAAUGUUUAACUUAAGAUUAGAUUUGGGGUAAAUUCGGUCUUAGAUCAGGGUUAAACGGUAACUGAAGCACCUACUUCUAGAUUCAAACUUCACAUCUUUUUCUCGUGUUGUUCUCUCAAACAUGCACUCUUUUUGCUUGGGCUUUGAGGGAUACAGUUAGGAAGGCAGAAGCUAUGUUAUCUUGUACAAUUUUUUGAAUAUAAGUUGUUUUUAUAAAAAUGCCAUUUACUGAGAGCUUCAAUGUUGUAGGUUCUGGCAUCCUCUGUAGCUUAUGUCAUUAUUCAAAUUCAGAUGUUUAUAAUAAACAUAUAAGACCUUUAGUUUGCAGCAUGGAACAAAUUCACAAAAGUUUUCCAUAGACUUCAUGGAAACUUUACUUUAGAAAAGGCAAACGAAUCAUGCUAUUAAACUUGUACAACAUUAUUUUUUUGAUACCACUUAUGUGCUGGAAUAUUAUAAUGUGUGUGAAGCAAACCCUGUUGAUCUACAUCAUGUGAAUUCUUCGUAGAGAUGUGUCUGUUUGGUUCAGUUUGAUAUAUACACUGAUAACCUGGCUCACAUGAAACCACAGUAAACACAUGGACAUGCUUUCAUAUUACAUGUGGAUGAUAUGAUAUUAUUGGGAAAUACACUACAAGAUAGAUCUUAAAUAUAAUCAUGUGAGGGUUUCAGCUGGCUAACUGUUUCUUAACCAUGCUAAAAUUUCACUUUUUUAACUCUUAAGUCAAGAAUUAACGUGUGAAGUUUCUGCUGAUGCUGAAGGUUUGGACUCCCUGUUCUUGUGCUGAUUUGGUUUUGUCUAUUACACAUGCCAAGAUGUUCUGUUGUAUUUAUGCAUUCAAAUGGCUGUCCUAAAGCGUAUCUGAACCUAUCAUCGAGUCUUCGUGUUCAGAAGUCAACAAAUGAAGUGAAAUGUUUCGUUUAGCCUGUAAAUGUACACAGUAAUGCUCUAAAACUGCUUUAUAGAAAAUGAUAGCUGUUAGGUGUUCAUAUUUGUAAACGUGGAACAUAAUAAAUAUUUGAUAUGAAAUCCUAUGCAACACAA